GCACUUCCCAAUGUUAUAAGACAGUCAAAGUGUGCGCGCUUGAGGAAUCUUCGACGCGGACGCGACAUACAAAAAAUGCAAGUGCGCGCACGGGCACGCGCUCACGAACAUACAUACACACACAGCUGCGAGAAAAGAGAAAGCGAGAGUCGAGGAGUGUGUGCGGCGGCCUCGCGCUUAUAAUGGCUGCCAGGAAAAGCACAGCUGAGGAAAAUCGGUUACAUUGGGAAUAGGAUUCGUGCACAGGUGAGGAAGAAGAGGAUGGUGAGCAGUCAGGCCAAGUACGAGCUGAUCCAGGAGGUAGGCCGGGGCAGUUACGGUGUGGUGUAUGAGGCGGUUGUACGGCAAACGGGUGCUCGCGUGGCUGUGAAGAAGAUCCGCUGUCACUCCCCAGAGAACGUAGAGCUGGCCUUGAGGGAAUUCUGGGCCCUGAGCAGCAUCCAGAGCCAGCAUCCCAACGUCAUCCACCUGGAGGAGUGUGUUCUUCAGAGAGAUGCUCUUGCCCAAAGAAUGAGCCAUGGCUCCAGCUCUUCACUCUAUCUCGAGUUGGUGGAGACCUCCCUGAAAGGUGAGAUCACGUUUGAUCCCUGCUGCGCCUACUACAUGUGGUUCGUAAUGGACUUCUGUGAUGGUGGAGACAUGAACGCCUAUCUUCUGUCCCGCAAACCCAGCCGCAAGACCAACACCAGCUUCAUGCUGCAACUGGGCAGCGCUCUUGCCUUCCUGCAUCGAAACCAGAUCAUCCACCGAGAUCUUAAACCUGACAAUAUUCUCAUCUCACAGGGCCGCACCCCAGCGGGGUCCCCUGAACCCACCCUGAAGGUGGCUGACUUUGGCCUGAGCAAGGUCUGCUCUGGUUCAGGCCUGAACCCUGAGGAACCAGCAAGCGUAAACAAGUGUUUCUUGUCCACAGCUUGCGGGACGGACUUCUACAUGGCUCCUGAGGUCUGGGAGGGCCACUACACCGCUAAAGCUGACAUUUUUGCUUUGGGGGUUAUCAUAUGGGCCAUGGUAGAACGGAUAACGUUUGUGGAUGUGGAGACUCAGAAGGAGCUUUUGGGGAGCUACGUACAGCAGGGUGAGGAUAUUGUCCCAUUGGGGGAGGCUUUGCUGGAGAAUCCCAAGAUGGAGCUUAACAUCCCAGCCCGGAAAAAGAGUAUGAAUGCUAGCAUGAAGCAGCUGAUUCGAGAGAUGCUGUCAGCCAAUCCACAGGAGCGUCCUGAUGCUUUUGAGCUGGAGCUCAGGCUGGUUCGGAUCGCAUGCAGGGAACUUGAUUGGGAUACGUGAAGGGAACGUUUCUUGGACAUUGCGCCCUGCUCACAGAUUCCCUCCCGAGCCUCUGACAGCCUGACCUGAUUUACCAUCAACUAUACUGGGAACUUUGUGGUGAUGCACUGUGACUUCAAAAGUGCUUUUAUUUCACUUUUUUUUUCUUUUUUUUUUCUUUUUUUUUACAGACACUUUGUGUUGUUGUAAAGUAUUUAGAGAUAAACAGUUUCAUGAGAGGAUGAUCUUCUAAGUGAAUGUGUAAUUUAUUGUUGGGGUUGGCUUUAUUAAUAAAACUUUUACUUGAAUCAUG